UAACAUAAUCAACAAGGAAGUUCCAGGCACAGUCACAGCACCAGUUUUGGUUGAGUACUGCUUUGAAUUGAUGUUGGAAGAAACCUUAAAGAAUUUGAUACCAGUGCUUUUGUUUUCUCUCUGCGACAGUACUGAAUGCAUGCCCUGUCAGAUACUUUGCUAAAAGUUAUUCCAACUUCCUUCUAUUGGCUUUCCACAAGUGGAUUUUGACUGGCAACUAGCACAGAGAGCCAGAGGCUCCUGAAUUUUACCAGCAGACAUUCAAAUAGCUGUCUGAAAAAGGAUGAAAGGUGUAAGGCAAAUACAGAAAAUAGUUCAUGACAUUAAAAAGAAUGAUGGUGGAAUUAUAAGGAAGUUUAAGAAGUUCCAAAAUGAGCAAGUGGCCUUGAUGCGUAAGACCGGGAGAAAUACUUGGGAUCGAAUCACAAAACAAGCACCACCUACUGUCCCUCACAGAGAUUACACAGAAGGAGCUGAAGGUCCAGGUGGUGAACAAUGGUCUGACAAUGAAUUUGAUAACAGUGAUUAUGAAAACCCCGACGGACAUUCAAAUGAUUCAGACACUUAUGAGGAUCCACAUGACGACGGUGAUGUUGAAGAAAAUUAUGAGCCACCUCCAAGUGAGAAAAGCAAGAAAAUGAUUCCCAACUUUUUCUCAAUGUCUAGAGAGGAAUAUGCAGACAAUCGACCAGGAAGCCGGCCAGCAGUCCCCCCCUCAAAGCCAAAUCCUGUUCCAAACAAGCGAAAGACUCCUCCACUGCCACAUGCCGCUCGGAAGAUGGGCCAAAAGGAAGAUGAUGAGGGUGAUUAUAUUGUCCCAAUGAAGGAUAAUGAAUCUGAUGAUGCAUACAUUGACCCCAAAGAGGAAAGGGCUCCUUCACCAACAAUGAAACCCCCUGUAGUGAACAGAGCAGUUAAGCCAUCCAACAAGGCAACAGGCUUAUCCUCCAGUCCCAAAGCAGGAUAUCAACAUACUUCAGAUCAAUCUGCAUCUGAGGCACAAUUGCACACAGAAAGCGCACAAGAUGUGUACGAAGUUCCAGAUGAAGCGGAGUCUUCGCCACCAAUGUUCAGACCAAAACCACAACUUCCUAAACCCGGAUCUACAGGAACAGGAAGCCCAGGAUUACUUCCUCGCUCUUUCCCCAAGUUGGCAACCACAUCAGAAGUAGCCAGGAAAGAAUCACCGCUGAACAGAAAACCACCCAUUUUGAAACCUGGUGAUAAUGAAGAAGAAUAUGAAGUUUGUGACCCUGAACCAAGUGAUUCAUCUGGUGGCACAGAGGAUUCCAGGACAGCUAGCAUACCAGAAAUGCCAAUACCACCACAAAGGGAACUGAAACUAACAAGCAGGCCACUACCAAAGCCGAGAAUGGCAGAACCAAGGGAGCAUCCACACCCUGAAGGUAAUAAGCCCAAGAUUCCUGAAAAACCUCGACCUUCACAUUCAACAGCUGAAGCUCCUGUUUUGCCUGUGCCACGACUUGGUCCCAAACCACAUGGUUUGAGGUUACCACCUUCAAACCAUCAAAAUAUUCCAGAAACUGCUCCUAGACAUAAUGAACGACAUCACAGUUCUCAUACCACGGAGCAGGAUCCUAGUGUAGAUGGCAAAGCAUGGUAUGCAAAUCACUGUGACCGAAAAACUGCAGAAGAGAGAUUACAGAAAUUCAGCAAGGAUGGAUCAUACCUCAUAAGAAAAAGUUCUGGCCAGGACACACGGCAGCCAUAUACGUUAGUUGUAUUAUACAACAAAAGGGUCUACAAUAUUCCUGUGCGUUAUAUUGAAGCAACAAAAGAAUAUGCAUUAGGCAAAGAGAAGAUUGGCGAAGAGCGGUUCACCAGUGUUGCUGACAUAAUUGAAAACCAUCAAAAGAAUCCUUUGGUCCUCAUUGACAGCCAAAAUAACACCAAAGAUUCCACCAAAUUGAAGUAUCCAGUCAAAGACUCGUGAAGUCCAUUUACUGAACAGUAUUUAUAUAGUUUUCAUUUUAUAUCAUUUUCAACCACAGAUAAUAUGAAUAAAACAAUGCAUUUAAA